AAGUAAGAUGUCAAAAUCUGAGUGAAUGAAUGUAUCCCAUUGAAUUAAUUACAGAAAAAUAUUCGAGCUUGCUUUCACAUUGUGUGAAUAACAAAAUGUAAGCAUGGACAAAAGAAAAAAUGUCAACAACGCAGCACGUAGGCACUGUGGUACUAAAAACAUCCUGUGUUCCAAUAUUGAAAUCUAAUUUGGACCGAAUAGCAGUGUUGUUUUCAGCAAAAUUGAGUGAAAAUAGUGCUUCGGACCAUCACUGUGAAGAUCAAAAUGUUACUUUGUACGAUGUUUAUUCAAUGGUGGCAAAUACAGAUCGAACAGUCAGUUCGGACUUCAUAAGAAGACUUCAGAAAUACGUUGACGACAUCUGCAGGGAAGGUUACACUGGAGCAGUAGCAGGGGAAGAUUCAAGUUAUGACUCGGACUAUGAAGCAGACGCUCCAGCUAAGCACCAGGAUGUCUCAAGGACCACAAGCGACACCCUGGCAGCUGAAUAUGCUGACUAUAUUCAGACUUCGCCAGAUUCAGAUCCUGGCUACAUAGCAAGGGUAGAGUUCGCUCUCAAACUAGGCUAUACGGAGAAACAAGUACAGGCUGCUCUUCAGAAACUUGGGUCAGCUCCUGCCCAAAAUGAACUACUGGCGGAGCUGAUCAAGCUGGGUGCCCAGAAGGGUGGAUCAUGCGACAGCAGUCCCUCCGAGAGCCAACUGGAUAUAUCAGAACAGGUGGAUGUAACGUUGAAUGCUCAAACGCUUCGUCCCAUAGUGAUAGAUGGCAGUAAUGUCGCCAUGAGCCAUGGGAACAAGGAGGUGUUUUCCUGUAGAGGCAUAAAGAUAUGUGUGGAUUGGUUCAAGGCCAGAGGACACAAAGAUAUCACCGUCUUUGUGCCUAAAUGGCGGAAGGAAGGACCCAGGCCUGAUAAUCCAAUCAGCGAGCAGGAGAUCUUAGCGGAGUUGGAGAAGGAGAGAUUGCUGGUUUUCACUCCUUCGAGGUUGGUUGGCGGAAAGAGAAUGGUUUGUUAUGACGACAGAUAUAUCCUACGAUUAGCAGCAGCGAACGAUGGAGUGGUGGUCAGUAAUGAUAACUAUAGGGACCUGUGUCAAGAAAGUACCGAGUUUAGGAAAGUUGUGGAAGAGAGAAUAUUGAUGUACUCUUUUGUCAACGAUAGAUUUAUGCCUCCAGAUGAUCCGUUGGGCAGAUCCGGUCCCACUCUCGAUAAUUUCCUACGUACACAGCCUCGUAAAGGUGAUCCACCUCCACCUUGUCCUUACGGAAAGAAAUGUACAUAUGGCAACAAGUGCAAGUACCAUCAUCCCGAAAGGGGACCUUUACCGCAUAAAACUGUGACUGAGAGGCUUUCCGAACAUGCACAACGUCAUUUGCAGGCUAGAGAAGGGGAUGUAAGAAAGACGCCUCUGGGCAGAACAAGGUCGAAUGUACCCCCUCCGAAAGAAAUCCAACAUCCGAUAGUCUCCAAAAGCCAGAGCGUAGAUAACGUAGGAGCAUCAUAUCAAAACAUGCAGUCCCAAGAAAACCUACACAGGAAGCUGCAAAGACAGUUGACCUUGAACCCCAACUCCGAUCCUCGUCUCAUAAAUCGUAGAUACAUGCCAGUUCAACCCUCCAACAGCAACCCCUUGCAAGGCACUCUUCCUAACCCUUUCUUGAGUCCAACGAGUUGGGACAUGCAUCAACACGUCACUAGGAUCGCAUCGGCGCCAGAUUCCUACAGAAACUGGCCCCAGACCCAAACCGUACCCCACAGACCUAUGCACAGGUUGUCGAGUUGUUCAGAUCCUCAACUGAACAUUUGGCCCGCCCAGUGGGCGGGGCAACCUUCGGUAUCGUCCCACUCUCUGUUAGAAGAGACGAGACGCAAGAUGCAUUAUCACCUGGCAGCUAUAUUUCCAGAGGAGCAAGUAACGCAAGCAAUGCAAUUGUACCCCGAAGAGACGAAUCCUCAAAAGAUUUGCGCAGCUAUUUUAUCGAUAUUUCAUAAAACAUAGAGAAAUGUAGUUGAAAUAAUUCCUUUACGGCAAUUUGUUUGAAAGCGAGUUGUUGAUAGUAUUCAUCGUUUUAGGAAGUACCUAUUACAUUAGAUGAUUGUUAGUUCUGUACAUUUGUGUUACUCAAAUGCAUUUGAGCUGUAAAUCGGGAUAUUCGGUGUCGCUGUGAUAGGAAUUCGAAACUAUACAUAUGUUGUAAUCAUCACUAUUGAAUGUCCCCGUGUGUUGAAUUUUUUUACACAUUUAUUCAUGUUUGAUGAAUAUUGUUACUGACUGCGUGAUUGAGUGGACUCAUUUUUAUAAUUUUUUUCGUUUGAUAUUAGCCAUUUUAUUGGAUUGUUAGAAUUAAUUGAUCUGAUGCUUCCAGCUAUCCGUUUCUAUUGAAAUGGAAUGUUGAUGAGUUUGUGACAAUAUUCAAUUGAAUUUCAAGUGUGCAAUUUUUUCGCGAAGGUGCUAAAAUUGUUGACAGGAAUUCCAAUUCAUCCUUCUUUGGAAUUUCUUCAUUAAUGAAAUUUUAUAUAAUCAGCAAUGCAAUCAGCUAACUUAUAUAUCAUUGUUCUGCUGUUAUUACAUUUGUAUUAUUUUUACAGUUAUAGUUGGUCGAACCAAGUAAGUCUUAGUUUAAGUAAUUUUGAUUUAUAUACAUGAGAAUAUUAGUUCGAUAUUAACUUCAUAUUGAAGAUGUAACACAAUAGCUUCUUAUUGUAGUUUGAUGUACUAACUAAUUUUUGCUUUAUAAAUAAUCGCAAAGUUGAUACUAUGUAUCUCUGGUAAAUUGUUCCAAUUUUUUUAUAGUAUAGUAUAUUACGAAAAUUAAAAUUAUCAAAAAUCAAAUUUAUCUCUAAUUUCGAAAGAAGGUGAUAAGGUAUACCCACAAUAUUUAAGAAAUCACAAAAUUUGUGUUUUGGUUUUUCCCAAAAAAUGUUAUAUGUUGAAUAAAAAUAGUAGUCACCUAUUGAUAUAAAAUUAGUGCCAAUACGGUUGAAAAUUAUAUUACUGUUGGUGUAAACACUCGAUUUCUUGUUGAAUCUGCCUAGUUCUCGACCUUGUAAAUCUUUGAAAAGAUUUAUAUCAUAAAACACAAAUUCAAUACAGCAUGUGCAAAUUUAUCUAUUUAAGACUUGAAAUAUUAAUUAUUUCAUCGAAGCUUGUUCAAGUCAUCACUAUAAAUAUAGCUUUUUCGGAAUGGCAGUUCAUCAAGUGGAAAUUGUGUACUUUUGGUGUUUCAAUUUGUGAAAAAACUUAUUCUAUCUCAUGAAAGUAAAAUAAUUCUUAUUAAAAGAAUGUGUAGUUUGAAUAUAAUAUUCAGAAAACAGUGAAAGUACAGUUUUAGAUAUGUUGAAAAAGUAGCAGUUCAUGUUUAAAUGUAGUUAAUGUUUCAAAGUAUAUUAGUAUUUUUUAUGUUUGUUAACCCAGAAUGCUUCCUAUUUAUUUUAAACUAUUAAACAUUUAAUGAUUAUGAGAA